GUGAGUGGUACUCAAACAGUCAUGUUUGUGUACAGAUACAGAUUACAAAGUCCUAAGACAAUGCUCGACUUCAUACCUACCUUGGCACGUCAUUUUAUUGCUUAGUGGGGGCCAAAGGAGAAGCAAAUUCAUCUACUCCAAAUUAAGUUCAGGUUAUGUGUUGAGUGCGAAUAUAUCGAUUAAUAUGAGUGAAUAUCCCGAUCAUUUGAAUCCGUUCAAAGAAAGUGAGAAGAAGAAAUUAGGGAAGACCUUAACUAGGUCCUUUAGGGAGCUCAAGGGAUUUUUACGUCAGUCUUUCAGAAAAAAAAAGACGAAGGACACCAAGCAUUCAGAUUUUGAAGAUGUCGAAAUUAGAAGGUCGUAUGAUACUCAUUCUUAUAACACACUUCGAAACAAUGUUAUGUCACUUCCUUCACCACCAACAUAUAGCACUUAUACCUCCCCGCCUUUACCAAGGUCAAGGUUCAAGGAACGUCUUUCGAGAUCGUCCUUAAACAACACAUAUGACUCGACGUACGAUGAAAGGUGCAAUCCUUUUGCCGAGGAAGAAGGGUUGAAUCCUUUCGAAGAUCCCCCUGUCCCAUACAGAAGGAGGAGAUCGAAAAAGAGGGCCCCAAUACCACCUUGUAGUUCUAAUCCAGACGUAAACUAUGGCUUCAAAACAAGGGGGUCCUCAAAAUGGAGUCUUACGUCAUCAGAAACUGACUAUACUAUAGACGAUAAAAGCGAAUAUAGUGGCGAUGUAACUUAUUCACAUUCCUUACGUGAGUGCCUGGAUAAUUUCAAUAAGGAAAUGGACUCGUUGAAUAAAGGUUCUAUAGAAAUGGGGGGAAGUUCCCCAAAUAUACGGGCGGGAGUCAAAACAAAGAUUUUAGAAGAGACUGAGUUUACCACAAAAUCUGCAGACGUCUUGAUCAGAACGAAUAGUGGAGAGAUAAAUAAUAAUGUAACUGAGGAACUGAAUGGGUAUAAAAAUGAUCAAGUUGAAACAGAUUAUAGUAAUCCCAGCGUAUCAGUAUCCCAAGAAGAUUUAACAGAAAAUCAUCAAGAUAUGAGAAAAUCUGAACAUGAUGAUGAUAUCAAAGGAAAUCAUAUUGAUGAUAAUAUAGAGAAUGAAGAGGAAAAUGUAGAAAGUGAAGAACUAGAAAAAGGUUCAGAAGAAGUGAUAGUAUAUAAUGAAACCAAAAAUAUAGAGUCUGAUGAGAAAAAAGAAUUUUCUAUUGACGAAGUUAAACUGUCAUACAUAGACCAAGAAAAUAGCGCUUCAGAACAAAAUGGAACAGAAAAUUCGGAAGAUGACGAUUCCAAAGAACCUAGUCCUAUUCCAAAGCUUAGAAAAAUUAAAUUAGAUAAAGAAGUACUUUUAGGAGAUGCGUUACCAGAAUAAUCUUAUGCCAUUUUGAUGCUAGUAGUUGAUUAUUAGCACAGUAUACCUACACCAUUAUCUUAAAAUUUAUGUGAUAUAUUCAGUUAUGUUUUCGGCAAUAUAUACUUGUUACAAAUAAAUUAUUCGAUAUCUUA